GUGGGCUUCUCUCCCAUAUUUAAUCGCGCGGGCAGGACAAGCAGCACGGGAGCGGGGAUUUUUUACCACGUUGUCUGCGGGAAAGGCAUGCACAUUUUUAACUGCAUUUCUUGGAAGACGUCAACGAAAUUUGCAAUCCAGGGAAUCAUGACUCUGCGGAACUCGGAGCGCGCGCGGGGCGGCGGCGCGCACAGCCGACACAAGAGAAGCCUGACGGCUGACGGCGCUCUCCUGAGCUGCGCGCUCCCGUCGCCGGAAACCGCGGAGCCGCCUGAUGGCGCGCUGCGCCCGCCGCGAGACGGCGCUACCCUCGAGCCCCCGGAUCCCUCCUCCUCCUCCUCCUCGUCCAGCUCGUCCUGCGCGAGCCACUGCGAAGGGCGCGCGCACAAGGUCGUCGUGCUGGGCGAGCACGGCGUGGGGAAGUCGAGCCUCGCGCAGAUCUUCGCCGAGGUGGAGGACGGGCACGAGAGCGAGGAGAGCGGGAGGACAUACAGCCGCUCCAUUGUGGUGGACGAAGAAGAGGCUGCCCUUGUUCUCUACGACGUAUGGGAGCAGGAGAGCAGCCCAGCCUCGAGGGAGCGCUGCAUGCGCAUGGGGGACGCCUACGUCAUCGUGUACUCGGUGACGGACCGGGCGAGCUUCGAGAAGGCGUCGGAGCUGCGCAUCCAGCUGCGCAGGACCAGGCAGUCGGACAACAUCCCCAUCAUUCUGGUGGGCAACAAGAGUGACCUUGUGCGCUCCAGAGAGGUCUCUGUGGACGAGGGCCGCGCCUGUGCCAUGGUGUUCGACUGCAAGUUCAUCGAGACGUCGGCCUCGCUGCACCACAACGUGAGCGACCUUUUCGAGGGCAUCGUGCGCCAGAUCCGCCUGCGCAACGACAGCAAGGAGCAGAUCGCGAGGCGGCAGGCCAGCCUGAGGCGCCGCGAGAGCAUCGGCAGGAAAGCCAAGCGCUUCAUCAGCCGCAUGGUGGCCCGCAAGAACAAGAAGAUGGCCUUCAGACAGAAGUCCAAGUCCUGCCAUGACCUGACAGUCCUUUAGAAGUCCGUCCCGUCCCGUCCCGUCCCCCCCCAUUGACUGCUGCUUUUAAUAACAUGACCAAAUGCUGUGACACUGAUUUGUGUUUUUAACACUAUCAUCAGGACCGACAGAGCUUUACAUAAACAUAUUUACUCUGGAUCUUGUGAAUUUAAAGAAAUAAGGAUUUUACAAACAAUACACUUCUAGGCUAAUUUAAUUGUUUUAAUGAUACUGUAUUCAUUUGUUUGAGCUGAUUUGACCAUGUGCAAAAUAUGAGCUUUUUGGACCAUAACUCAAUAUAGAGUACCUUCACCGAGGAUUGUUGUAAUCAUACUUGAGCUUUCUAUAAGAAGGUCUCUGAAAGAAAAAUGAGGUUCUUUGUUCAUCUUCGUUUUCGGUCACAGAGCACAGAUGUACAUUUUACUUCUGACUGAUUAGAAGGUCAAAAGGAAUACCACUGCUGAUUGUCCGGAAGGUGAAGUUUCAUUUCCGUUAUUGUGAAUUUAGAUGUCAUUUGGCAUCAUGUUUAUAUGACAUUUUUCUAUGAGGGUGUGACCAGGAUACAUGGUUGUGGGUGGUCACUGGGUUUUAAAAAAAAAAAAAAAAUUCUUAAUGCUGUCAAACAUGCUCAGUAGGAACAAAUAAA